UAUUUCCUGGAAGAAGCGAGGAAACAGCCCAGAGCCUGUCACUUUAAGAGGAGAGAAAGGCUGGAGAGGAGGAGGAGGAGGAGGAGGCGUCUUCACGGCCACAGUCUGCCCGAGCUCAGGAGGAGGCACAGGGAGAUCUUCCUGGAAGACUGGAGGACACAACGUUCUCACCUGCUGCUGGAAGACACUCCUAUGGGAGGUGGGCACAGUGCCAUGUACCAGGAACCCCCGGUGCCCUCCAUCCCAGCGCCCGCCGCCUGAUACACAAAGACCUCCAUAGAGACAGCAGCAUCCUCCUCCCUGCGCCCUCCUCAUUGUGCCUGGCGGCCGGCAAUCAGGAGCAAAAAUGGGUCAUACUCCCUUGGAAUUCAGCGACUGCUACUUGGACAGCCCGGUGUUCAGAGAGAGUUUGAAGGGAUACGAGCAAGAGCUGGAGAGGACCAAUAAAUUCAUUAAGGAUGUAAUCAAGGAUGGCAAUGCUCUUAUCAGUGCUAUAAAAGCUUACUCCAGUGCGAUCCAAAAAUUUGCUCAAACUUUGCAAAGCUUCCAGUUUGAUUUCAUCGGUGACACCAUGACAGAUGAUGAAUUAAAUAUUGCUGAGUCCUUUAAAGAGUUUGCUGACUUGUUGCAGGAAGUGGAGGAUGAGAAGAUGAUGAUGCUUCAGAAUGCAGAUGAACUCCUGAUCAAACCCCUGGAGGUUUUCCGCAAGGAUCAAAUUGGGCUCACUAAGGACCGAAAAAAGAAAUUUGACAGAGACAGCGAGAAAUUUUACUCCUUGCUGGAUAAACAUCUGCAUCUGUCUUCCAAGAAGAAGGAAGCUCAGCUACAAGAGGCAGAUCAACAAGUGAACAAAGAGAAGCAGAACUUCUAUGAAUCUUCACUUGAAUAUGUCUAUCAAAUUCAGGAGGUUCAGGAGAGCAAGAAGUUCAGCCUUGUGGAGCCGGUUCUGGCCUUCCUGCACUGUCUGUUCACAUCUAAUAGCCUCACAUUUGAACUGACUCAGGACUUCUUACCUUACAAGCAGCAGCUACAGCUGAGCCUUCAAAAUACACGUAAUCACUUCAGCAGCACCAGGGAAGAAUUGGAAGAUUUAAAGCAACGGAUGACGGAUGCACCAAUGAUCUGCAAACUAAAGGGCCAGAGUACCAUUGAAGGAUACUUGUACUCUCAAGAGAAAAGGGCUCUUGGACUUACAUGGGUGAAGUAUUACUGCAGAUAUGAAAAGGAAGGAAAACUCUUAAGCAUGAUGACAGUAGAGCAGAAGCCAGGGUCCCGACAGGUGAGCCAAGAACUGACCCUUAAAUCUUGCACAAGAAGAAAGAGUGACUCCAUUGACAAGAGAUUUUGCUUUGAUGUAGAGGCUAAUGAGAGACAGAGCACAAUCACUUUACAGGCGCCUUCUGAGGCCAACAGACGCUUGUGGAUCGAAGCAAUGGAUGGAAAAGAACCUAUUUAUCACAGCCCAAUAACAAAGCGAGAUGAAAUGGAACUGAAUGAAGUUGGGUUCCGGUUUGUUCGGAAGUGUAUUAAUGCUGUGGAGGCAAUGGGUAUCUCUUCAGAGGGUGUAUAUAGAACAGUUGGAAGUAACAUCCAGGUGCAGAAACUCAUUGAUGCAUUUUUUGAUCCCAAAUGCCCUGGAAAUGUGGACUUACAUACUAGUGAUUGGGACAUUAAAACCAUCACUAGUGCUUUAAAGUUCUACCUCAGGAAUCUCUCUGAGCCAGUUAUGACAUACAAGCUGCAUCGGGAACUUGUGUCCGCUGCAAAAUCUGAAAAUUUGGAUUACAGACUGGGAGCUAUUCAUUGCUUGGUGUAUAGACUGCCAGACAAUCACCGGGAAAUGCUGGAGCUUAUUAUACGACACUUAUCCAGUGUAUGUGAACAUAGCAAAGAGAACCUCAUGUCUCCUUCUAAUAUGGGGGUUAUUUUUGGACCAACUUUGAUGAGGGCCCAAGAAGAUACAGUGGCCGCCAUGAUGAACAUCAAAUUCCAAAAUAUUGUGGUGGAACUUCUCAUAGAACAUUGUAACAAGAUAUUUUCUGGCCCUCCUGAAGAAAACACUGCUCCCCCUGUUCCUCCACCGAGAAUAACUCCCCGGACCCACAAACCCAUCACAAUUUCUAAACGACCAGUCCGAGGGCGAAAUGCUUUGUAUCUUGGACAGAGUGAAGAAGUUUGUUUUUAUUCAGAUGACGGAUCCAUACUGAAUGGGAAUGGUGUUAUCACAAACAGUGACCACCCUCUUCCCUUGCAACGAAAGAAACUGAUUACUUCAGCAGAUAAACAAAGUUCCACCGACGACUGUCCUGAAGUGGACGUUGCAAAAAUGGUCUCAAUGAUGCAGGAAAGAGGGGUGAAGACCAGCACUAACCACAUAAAUGGGGAUUUGCCUAUAUAUUCUGUGCCAAGUAAAUCAUCUGUGUAUACCAAAAGGCCUAUAGUCCGUCCCAGAGAAGGUGAUUUUGAGAACAUCAGUAAAGUCCGUUCCCCAGGAGAGAGGCCAGUUAUUUCCCGACCUCCAGUAAGACCACCAGACCCACCAUGUAGAGCAGCCUUGAUACCCAAAAUGGAGCCCAGAACAGAUGUCAGCUCUGGUGUCAAAGAGGAUAUCCCAGCAUCAGUUGUUGCCUCCCGUACCAAAUUCUUUGAGAAAGCAUCAAGGCCAAGGGGAAGUCCUCCUUCUCCUCCCCAUAGAAUUCUCACAGAAGAAAGCUGAGUCUUUAAGGAUCUUACAAACAAGUUCCAUGGCUGGCCCAAGGAAAGAUGCAGAUGAUGUUGCCAGAGUGGUUCCUGCUGGCAUACAUGGUCUAGGAUUACAUUCCACAGGAGGCUUUACUGAACAGGAUCCGUUCUCUGCUGGGAAGUUUGUCCUCUGUGCUGUACACCCAACUAGAAGUGAUGUCUCCAAAAAACCAUCAGAACUUUGCAGCCCAUGACUAUUUGUACAAGGAAACGAAGAAAAAAAAAAUCUAUAGUCGGGAGGCUUUGAA